CCGUCCCCUCGCAGCCUGGCGUCCCGUCCCGUCCAAUCACUCGCUGUGUGUUUACGUUAUGUAAGUGUGGCUGAGGGGGGGAAUUAAAAGCGAGUGUCGCCGCCUGCUCCUUCUCUUUAGUCCGCCGGAGGAGCGCCGGGUCUGCGGGCGGAACAGUGAGGUGUGAGGAUGAAGAUUGCAGUGAUCGGUCAGAGUCUGUUCGGAAAGGAGGUGUACAAGGAGCUGAGGAAGGACGGUCACACCAUCGUAGGGGUUUUCACCAUCCCCGACAAGGACGGCAAGGCUGAUCCUCUGGCCACUGAGGCAGAGAACGAUGGUGUUCCUGUGUUCAAGUUCCCCCGCUGGCGCGUGAAGGGUCAGGCCAUCGCUGAGGUGGUGUCUCAGUACAAGGCCACGGGUGCUGAGCUCAACGUGCUGCCUUUCUGCUCCCAGUUCAUCCCCAUGGAGGUCAUUGACCAGCCCAAACACGGCUCCAUCAUAUACCACCCGUCGCUGCUGCCCCGCCACAGGGGAGCCUCCGCUAUCAACUGGACCUUGAUCCACGGAGACAAAAAGGCUGGGUUCACAGUGUUCUGGGCCGAUGAUGGGCUGGACACCGGACCCAUCCUGCUGCAGAAGGAGUGUGAUGUGGAACCCAAUGACACCAUUAAUACCAUCUACAAAAGAUUCCUGUUCCCCGAGGGCGUUAAAGGCACAGUGGAAGCAGUCAGGCUGAUUGCUGAAGGCAACGCCCCGAAGAUCACGCAGCCGCAUGAGGGAGCCACGUACGAGGGCAUCCAGAAAAAAGACAGCGCUAAGAUCGACUGGAACCAGUCUGCUGAGGCUCUGCACAACUGGAUCAGAGGAAACGACAAAGUGCCCGGUGCCUGGGCCGAGGUGGAGGGACAGAAAGUGACCUUCUAUGGCUCCACUUUGGUCAAUAAUGGUACCACAGCCAGUGGUCAGCCCCUGGACAUCCCCGGAGCCAGCCGACCCGGCAUCGUCACCAAGGCCGGCCUGGUGCUGUUUGGAAACGACAACAAGACACUGCUGGUGAAGAAUCUGCAGUUUGAGGAUGGGAAGAUGAUCGCGGCAGCACAAUACUUUCACUCCGGGAGCAAUGCUGCCGUGGAGCUCACUGAGGAGGAGAGAGGCUUCGCUGAACAAAUGAAGGCUGUGUGGCAGGGCAUCCUGACUAACGUGAGCCACAUUGAGGAUGCCACUGAUUUCUUCAAGUCUGGUGCUGCCUCGAUGGACGUCGUCAGACUAGUGGAGGAGGUGAAACUCCGGGCCAGCGGCUGCCAGCUGCAGAAUGAAGACGUCUACAUGAACACCACCUUCCAGGAGUUCAUCCAGAUGUGUGUGCGGAAGCUCAGAGGGGAGGACGAUGAAGGCGAGCUGGUCGUUGACUACGUGGAGAAAAACACUAACAACAUGACCAUAAAAAUCCCUCAUCAGCUGUUCAUCAAUGGAGAAUUUGUUGAUGCAGAGGGAGGAAAGACCUACAAGAGCAUCAACCCCACUGAUGGCACAGCAAUCUGUGAAGUGUCUCUUGCCCAGAUCAGCGAUGUGGACAAGGCCGUGGCUGCUGCCAAGGAUGCCUUCGAGGAGGGAGAGUGGGGCAAAAUUAACCCAAGAGACAGAGGCAGACUCAUCUACAGGCUGGCUGACCUCAUGGAGCAGCACCAGGAGGAACUGGCCACCAUCGAAGCCAUCGACUCCGGGGCCGUCUACACCCUGGCCCUCAAGACCCACGUAGGCAUGUCCAUCCAGACCUUCCGUUACUUUGCUGGCUGGUGUGACAAGAUCCAAGGCAGCACCAUUCCUAUCAACCAGGCCAGACCCAACCGCAACCUGACAUUCACAAAGAAGGAGCCCAUAGGAGUGUGCGCCAUCGUGAUUCCCUGGAACUACCCUCUGAUGAUGCUGGCCUGGAAGGCGGCCGCCUGCCUGGCAGCUGGGAACACCAUGGUCCUGAAACCGGCGCAGGUGACUCCACUGACGGCUCUGAAGUUUGCCGAGUUGGCAGCGAGAGCGGGAAUACCCAAGGGUGUGAUUAACAUUCUGCCUGGAUCAGGCGCGCUGGUGGGUCAGCGUCUGUCGGACCACCCGCAUGUCCGUAAACUGGGCUUCACAGGCUCCACUGAAAUUGGUAAACACAUUAUGAUGAGCUGCGCAGUGAGUAACGUGAAGAAAGUGUCUCUGGAGCUCGGAGGAAAGUCUCCGCUCAUCAUCUUCAGCGACUGUGACCUGGACAAGGCCGUGCGCAUGGGCAUGAGCUCUGUGUUCUUUAACAAAGGGGAGAACUGCAUCGCAGCUGGCAGACUGUUUGUGGAAGACACCAUUCAUGACCAGUUCGUCAGAAGAGUGGUUGAGGAGGUCAAAAAGAUGAAGAUUGGUGAUCCACUGGACCGCUCCACAGACCACGGCCCUCAGAACCACAAAGCUCACCUGGACAAACUGCUGGAGUAUUGUCAGACUGGUGUCACAGAGGGAGCCACCCUGGUCUGUGGUGGCCGGCAGGUCCAGCGUCCAGGAUUCUUCUUUGAACCCACGGUGUUCACCAAUGUGCAGGACCACAUGUACAUCGCUGUAGAAGAGUCCUUCGGUCCCAUCAUGAUCAUUUCCAAGUUCAAGGGCGGCGACGUGGACGCCGUCCUGAAACGAGCCAACGCCACCGAGUACGGCCUGGCUUCUGGUGUUUUCACCCGAGACAUCAGCAAAGCUCUGUAUGUCAGCGAGAGGCUCGAGGCCGGCACCGUGUUCGUCAACACCUACAAUAAGACGGACGUGGCGGCACCGUUCGGAGGCUUCAAACAGUCUGGAUUUGGCAAAGACCUGGGACAAGAUGCUCUCAAUGAAUACCUCAAGACCAAGGCAGUGACCAUUGAGUACUGAUUCACUCUGAGUGUGUGCGUCUGUGUUUGCGUGAGUGUGUCGUCCUCCUCUGGUGACAGACUACUGACUGGGACACAUGCUGCCUUAAUGAAGUUCCAAGAUAUUCCACAAAGCAGUUGAAGAAUUAUUGUGAUUGAGAUUUUUUAAUUGAGCGCAUGAAUUUGUAAUAUGGUUUACAUUAGGUCACAGGUAACAUUUCUAAUAAAGAUAUGUAUUAUUGAAAGGUUUUGAGAGCCCUGACGUUCCGGGCCUCAUUUUUUCAGUGCUUUAUUGGUCCCAUGGCCUCUGAGCAUAUCAAACAACAAUGAUAAUAAUAUUCUAAUAAAAAUAAUAAUUUUCUUUUCUUAGAGCUGAAAUGAAAGCUAUGGUGUUAGUACAUGUAUAUUGAUCUGUGGAUCCGUUGACAACACAGGCUGUGAAUUUAAAACAAAAAUAAAGGAACUGAUGUCACGUUCA